AGAACAAUGAACUCACGACAACAUCACUUGAAAAUCAUACAUAGUACUUAUCACAACAGAGAUCAAAAUGGCAGAAGGUAUCGACAGAAAUGCAGACGAGCGGAUGGAGUUUUCGACUUCGAAAGAAGUGACAGUCGCCCCAACAUUUGAGGACAUGCACCUCAAGGAAAACCUCCUCCGUGGAAUCUACGCGUACGGCUACGAAUCGCCCUCAGCAGUCCAGUCACGGGCCAUUGUGCAGAUCUGCAAAGGAAGAGACACUAUUGCGCAGGCGCAAUCAGGCACGGGCAAAACCGCGACCUUUGCAAUCAGCAUUCUUCAGAUUAUCGAGACAUCCGUCCGCGAGACGCAAGCUCUUGUUUUGUCCCCGACACGCGAAUUGGCGACCCAAAUUCAAAGCGUGAUUAUGGCCCUCGGAGACUACAUGAAUGUGCAAUGUCAUGCCUGCAUCGGAGGUACAAACGUUGGGGAAGACAUCAGAAAACUCGAUUACGGACAACAUGUGGUGUCUGGUACACCUGGGCGAGUGGCAGACAUGAUUCGAAGAAGGAACCUCCGCACACGACACAUCAAGAUGCUGGUCCUGGACGAAGCAGACGAACUCCUUAACCGCGGUUUCAGAGAACAAAUUUACGAUGUCUACCGAUACCUCCCCCCAGCCACGCAAGUUGUGGUUGUCUCCGCCACCCUUCCUUACGAUGUGUUGGAUAUGACCACGAAAUUCAUGACCGACCCCGUCCGCAUUCUGGUCAAGCGUGACGAGCUCACACUGGAAGGUCUCAAGCAGUAUUUUAUUGCGGUUGAAAAGGAGGAGUGGAAAUUUGACACACUGUGCGACCUCUAUGACACUCUCACCAUCACCCAGGCAGUGAUUUUCUGCAACACGCGCCGCAAGGUCGACUGGCUCACCGACAAGAUGCGAGAAGCAAACUUCACAGUCAGCAGCAUGCAUGGCGAGAUGCCGCAAAAGGAACGUGACAGCAUCAUGUCCGAUUUCAGACAGGGCAAUAGCCGAGUCCUCAUCAGUACUGACGUGUGGGCCCGAGGGAUCGAUGUCCAGCAGGUCAGUCUUGUCAUCAACUACGACCUGCCCAGCAAUCGCGAGAAUUAUAUCCACCGAAUCGGGCGCAGCGGGAGAUUCGGUCGCAAGGGCGUGGCGAUCAACUUCGUCACUAGUGAGGAUGUCCGCAUUCUGCGGGAUAUUGAGCUUUACUACUCGACACAGAUUGAUGAGAUGCCGAUGAACGUCGCCGACUUGUUGACUUAGGAGCGCUUGUUAUCUGGUCUGUCUUGCCACAGAAACAAGAAUUAUCGGACUGGAUCGGCCCUAUGGAGACUUGCGUCUCUUGCCGAAUGCAUCUCGUACUGUGACGACCUCGUGCUCGGUGCACCCCCUCUUUACACAUCUCCCAACAUUCCACCGACCCGCAUCCCACAUGACUCGACAUAUCUCAGCGGAUCUUAUUGGCUUGGAAGGGAUCUGACCGGUUGGCGGGAUUUGCCUGAUCCAGCAGGGUCUCCCUUUGAGUUGGAAUACAACUCCAUCUACGACAGCAGCGCCGCCAGGGCUUCUGAAUCCGAGUCCUGUCGAACAAGCUGCGACUUGAGCUUUGCGGAAACGGACAGUUGAGCGGCUGCUUAUCUUAUUUUUCGGUUGCUUCUUCUCCGGGUAUCAGGUACAUCCAGGAUGGAAAUGGGCUGAAGCCAAAAAGAAUGUUUAAUAUCCUUAUCGACGAAACCAGUCUGUAACAUCUAGUUCAGUCGUCAUGAUCAUUAUCGAAUGCGUUCAGACCUCCCAGGUAUUUCCCAACCCUUCCAGCUUCAUUGCAGCCUUUUCCAUCCAUGCCCAAGCCCUUCUUCCACUGACCCUAGUUAUCAAACGCUGAAAACACAUCCCGCUUCGCCUCUUGAUAUUCCCUCAAGAUGGUCUCUCGCCUUGCUUCCGAUCUUACCUUGACGUCCAAAGCGUAAGGCUUCGCACACACCAGAAACCCUUCACUAUAUCCCGUAGUCGGGUCGGUGUCGGGAAUGAUAGGCUUCCCAUCACUGUCUUUUCCCGGCGCAAAUUCAAAUGCCCACAACAGCUUUGAAAUGGCCAGGAAUAAAUUCCUCUCGGCAAGAUGAAUGCCGGGACACAGACGUCUUCCGGAGCCGUACCCAUAAUGGUCCCUGUCGUCCGGGUUGCUGGCUUGAGCUAGUUCUGAAGCAAGUGCUGUGACGCCCUUGUAAUGGUCUGGGUCGAAUGUGUUUGGGUUGGGGAAUCUCUUCUCGUCGUGGUGCAUGCCCCAUGCGUUGAUGAAGAUGACCGAGCCCUUGGGGAUCUUGUAUCCAUCAAUCCAGUCAUCUACAUGAUCAAAGUCGUCAGUGCCUGGCCAUCUUCUCUUCUCGAAAAGGGCCUCAUACCUUCAUCCACAGCGUGCGGAAAUGCCAACGGUACGACUGGUCUGGACUUAUCGUUAGCAUCAAGCAGUCACAUAUGAGAAAAGGAACCUCGAAAUGGCCUUGCAGCUCCGAUCCAGG